AUGUCAAAAAGCCUUCCUUUUAAAAUUUUCUUCACUUUAUUUAUUUUUUGCUCAUUUUAUGCUUCAGUUAUUCCUAAAGAACAACAUUUUUCUGAAUGGCCAGAAGAAAGUAGUAGUAAAAGUAUUGCUUCAGUUGCUGAAAUGCCUAGAGAAGACAUUACAUUGUUCUUUCAACGACUAGCGUCAGGGCAUGUUGGAACAACCACCAGAAACUUUCGUUACGGACAACGAAACAUUGAAAGAAUUCGCCCUCUUGUAAACGCUGUCCUUCACGGGAGUGCUUCCACUUCCCUGCCUAACACAAAAAUUUCAAUAACAAAUACCCCUCCAACAACCUCAACAAAAACAACAACAACAAUAUUACCCUCAUCUUCAACCAAAAAUUUAAAAGAAACAUCAAAAAAUGAAAGAAAAAUUGCCAAAAGUUUGAAGGAAAUGGGGUGGAUUGUAUUUAUUGUAAUUAUUGGGGUAUUCUUCUCGUUAGCUACAACGAUUGGGAAUGCUUUUGUAAUGCUUUCAAUUUGUGUUGAUAAAAAAUUACAAACAAUUUCCAAUUAUUUUCUUUUUUCGCUAGCUGUAGCUGACCUUACUAUUGGGCUUAUUUCUAUUCCUCUUAUGACUUUAUAUACGGCAAAUGAGACUUGGACGUUUGGAUAUUCUCUUUGCCAAUUUUGGCUCUGUAUAGAUUAUUUAAUGUGCAAUGCUUCAGCUCUCAAUUUGUUGUUGAUUAGCUUUGAUAGAUACUUUUCUGUUACUCGACCUCUUACUUACAGACCAAAGUAA